CUCUCUCUCUCUCUCUCUCUCUCUCUCUCUCUCUCUCUCUCUCUCUCUCUCUCUCUCUCUCUCUCUCUCUCUCUCUCUCUCUCUCUCUCUCUCUCUCAGUUCAUGACACAGCAAGUUGAGGAAGUGAAAUACAGUAACAUGGGGUUGGACUGAAUGUGGAACUGUGACUUCUCUAAUGUGUAAAGAGGGUUAGGAGGGGAACCAAAUUAAGGAAGCUACCACCUAUCGCUGUAACUCUGUGUACCGUUUCUUUGCCCGUUCUCUGGAAGAAUCAUUUCGAGAGCUACCUAAGAGAGGGAAUUUGCAGUCACCUUUUUGGGCACAACUUCCGGGUGAAGCUGUAGAAGAAUAACUGAAGAGAGAGAGAUAAGAUGCCUCCUCCCCCGCCACCCCCUGCCCCUCCCCCACCCCCAACCUUCGCUGUGGCAAAUACACAGAAGCCAUCACUCAGCAAGAAUGAAGCACAAGGAAGAAACGCCUUACUGUCUGAUAUCGGAAAAGGUGCUCGCCUGAAGAAGGCCGUGACCAAUGACAGGAGUCAACCCAUCAUUGACAAACCCAAAGGUGGAGGAGGAGGUGGAGGAGGAGGAGGUGGUGGUGGCGGAGGAGGAGGAGGAGGAGGAGGUGGCGGAGGAGGAGGACCAGUACUAGGAGGUCUCUUUGCAGGAGGCAUUCCCAAGCUUCGGUCCUCAGGAGGGAACAGUAACGGAGGCCCUAGACCCCCCAUGGUACCUCCAGGAGGCCGUUCCUCAGGCCCCAGACCGUUUGGUGGUGGGGGCCCCUCCGCUGGCCCUCCACGGUUCUCAGGGGCCCCAGCCUUUCCCCGGAGCAGCGCCCCCGACCUCCCCAGGGGACGGGCAGGCCCCCCGCGACCAGAGACCCCUGGUGGACCCCCUCCCCCAAUCCCCAACACCCCACGGCCCAACCAGAACUUCCAGAGUCGAGGGACCCCGCCUGUUCCAGGAGGAGCCCGGAUACCCAGCUCAGCCCCGGCACCUCCACCACCCAACCUUGCAGGCAGACACCAAGGCUUGCCCCCUCCCCCUGGCCCUAUAGGGGCCCCGUCUGGGCCAAAACCCUCCUUUGGGGCCCCUCCGGUUCCCAGUAGUGGACGUCCCCCUCUACCCCCAGCCCCCCACCCUGGCAGACCCUCAGAGGACCCCUGGUCCCCACCCCCACCCCCACCCCUGGGCCACCGGUCCUCCAUAUCCAGAGAUGGACCACCGCCACCAUCUUUCAACUCCAAGCCCCCAGUGUCUUCCUCUCGGCCCUCCAUCGGCGGUGGUGGAGCUCCCCCUCUCCCUCCUGGCAGACCGGGCCCUCCACUGCUGCCCCCAACGCCUGCGGGAGGAGACGAACACACCCCCAGACUACCACAGAGGAACAUUUCACUCAACUCGCCGGCGCCGCCACCUGGCCGGUCAGGACCACUGCCACCCCCUCCCAGUGAGAGGCCGCCCCCUCUGGGUAAAAACCCCCCAGGACGGACGGGCCCGCUCCCUCCCCCUCCCUCCUCAGGUCCACGUGGAGGCAGUAUAAGGUCAUCUCCAGUCCCCUCACCUCCUAACCGGCCGGGAGCAGAGCCGCCCCGGGGACAACGGCCCCCGCUCCCACCAGACCGACCGGGAAUAGGAGGCCCUCCUCCCCCACCUCCUCCCAUGGGCAACGGCUUCCAGAACUCCCAUCACCAACACAUUGAUGAGUGGGAGGCCAGGUUCCAGUUCCACCCUGUCUCAGACCUCCCUGUCCCAGAGCCUUACGUGUCCUGUCAGAAGACAUACCCCAGCAAGUUGUCCAAGACUGACGGCAGAGGUUCCGAUAAAAAGUCCAGGGGUGCCCCCCCCACUACCCCCUAUCCCCAGGUGAAGCGGUCGUUUUUGGGAUGUUUCCCCUUCCUCCCCUCCUCUCCCUCCCUCCCUCCCUUCCUUCCCUUCCCUCCUCUCUCUCCCUCCCUCCCUUCCCUCCUCUCCCUCCCUUCCCUCCUCUCCCUCCCUUCCCUCCUCUCCCUCCUUCCCUUCCCUCCUCUCCCUCCCUUCCCUUCCCUCCCUCCCUUCCCUCCGAGUACAUGGAUGUAAGUAUGUCACUUCCACUGCCUCUGUCCAUGAGGCUUAUAGCACCUCCAUGGAAGGACCAUAUUUACAGUGGGACUCACGCAACCAUGUGUUUCUGCCUGGAGUUGACAGAAUAUUCUCAUUUAACGAACAGCACUCCAAACCAACCAAAGUCGCAACAGAGGCUCGUUUUAUAGGCUAUGCAUUUGGUUUUGCUCCACUAUGUGUGUAGUGUUGAAACUGUAUACUUUUGUUAUCAUUUUUCACUGUGCCUUUUUUUUCUUUUCAAUUCCGGAUUGUUAUGAAGGAUCUUUAACAGGUUAAGGGAAACAGUCUGUUUCUGGAUGCUGUGCCUGUCUUUGCCAAAGAGCAACCGAACUAUAGCAUAUCAGUUACAAUAUUCUAACCAUCAAAGGGUACUUCUCCAUACAGUUCAUGUGCAGUUCACGGCAUGUCUUGAACUUUGUUUUUACACGGUAGAGACAAAAUGGACGCUUGUGUGUUACAGGAUGCGUUGAUGGAACUUUAGGUGAAAAUGGAAUGUUUUCUUUAUGCCUUGAAAGAAAAAAAGAAUGUCACUCAUGACAGUUGUUAGUUUAAUUUUGUAUGAUUUGAGUUGUUGGGAAGGACUAUUUGUUUUUAUUUUCUAAAGUUAUCUAUUUGACUAUGUUUUGUUCUAUACAGUUACAGUAUUAUCUUCUGCUUAUUAUAUUAUUAUUAUUAUUAUAUUGCUUCUGUACUACAGCUCUGGGACGUCUCCGCUACUUGAUAUUAACAUCAAGCUUGUCUCAGAACCACGUGCAGAGUGACAAUCUAAUAUUUGACCUAUGAAAGUAAAUCAUUCAAAUGUAUUAAUGUUACAUACAUGAUCCUGAAGUUAUGAGAUGAAUGAGCUUUGCUCAUAGAAUUUGCAAGUGUUUAAUGUAUGCAAGGAGGAUAUGAUUAUGGAUCAAAAUAUGCUGGCUGUAGGCUGAUGUGAGAGAGAAAAGUGCUAUGUUUGGCCUCAGUGUUUUCUCUGUUCUGUAAAGACGAUAUGAUAUGAUACGAUAUGCAUUUCUGAAUAGAGAAUGGGGGGAAUGGCAGGAGCACGUGUGUUUGACCAAAGACAGUUGGCUGCAAUAGGACGUCGUCUCUUCCCACAGAGGCGGUGUCUCAGAUACAACUUGCAUUGGAGACUACCUAGGACCAAACAGACAGACACAACUUGCAUUGGAGACUACCUAGGACCAAACAGACAGAUACAACUUGCAUUGGAGACUACCUAGGACCAAACAGACAGACACAACUUGCAUUGGAGACUACCUAAGACCAAACAGACAGACACAACUUGCAUUGGAGACUACCUAGGACCAAACAGACAGA